CAUUUACUUGGUCCUAAUUGGUGACGGGUUCUAGCCUAACUUUUUGUGCGCAUCACUUUUUUUUUUACUGAGCUCCCCCCCCCCAGAGAUUGACUUUGGGCUGGAACUCAACAUUUAUUUUUUUGACCACCAAAUCCCUAAUUGUCCUCACGACUUUCUUAACCUUUUCUUAUACGGUGCUUCUACCGUUAGUCAAGACCCGAUGGCAUCGUCCUUACGGGCCUUGAGCAGGCUCACUAGCCCAGCUAGUAGACAAUUGUCUGUGCCCACAGCCAGAUUCGUUACGACGUCAUACCCGCGACAGCUAAACUCCGUUGUUGCAAGGACACGAACGAGGACCGUUCUUUCUCCCCAGCUUGUCAGGUCCUACGCCGACGCAGCUCCGGCUCGUACAAAGAAACCCAGCAAAAUCCGGACUACGAUUAAAUGGACAUGGCGUUUUAUUUACUUGUCUCUGCUUGGUGUUGUUGGCGCCGUCAUUUAUGAUGGCUACUUAGACCGUCACCCCGAAGAUCAAUUUGUCCCUGAUCCCCAGAAGAAGACGUUAGUAAUUCUUGGAACUGGUUGGGGUUCGGUUGCUUUACUCAAAAAGCUCGACACUGCCAAUUACAAUGUCAUUGUCAUCUCGCCUCGCAACUACUUCCUCUUCACGCCUCUGCUGCCGUCAUGUACCACCGGAAACAUCGAGCACCGCUCCAUCAUGGAACCCGUGCGCCAGAUCUUGCGCCGCAAGCAAGCUGCUGUUAAGUUCUAUGAAGCCGAAGCUACCCACAUCGAUGUUGAUAAGAAGGUUGUCCGGAUCACCGAUAGCAGUGAGGUCAAGGGAAAGGUCCACGAGACUGAGGUCCCGUACGAUAUGAUUGUUAUUGGUGUCGGUGCCGAUAAUGCUACGUUCGGCAUUCCUGGAGUUCGCGAGAACAGCUGCUUCUUAAAGGAGAUCAAGGACGCGCAAGCUAUCCGUACCAAGAUCAUGGACUGUGUUGAGACAGCUGCUUUCAAGGACCAAGAGCCGGAGGAGAUCGAACGUCUUCUCCACAUGGUAGUUGUUGGUGGUGGCCCUACCGGUGUCGAGUUUGCCGGGGAGCUGAGGGACUUCUUCGACGAAGACAUCAAGAGGCUCAUUCCCGACAUUGCUCCUCGAUUCAAGGUCACCCUCAUCGAAGCUCUACCCAACGUACUUCCCAUGUUCAGCAAGCAGCUCAUCGACUACACAGAGAGCACUUUCAAGGAGGAAGACAUCAAGAUCCUGACCAAGACUAUGGUUAAGAAGGUGACCGAAAAGACGGUCGAAGCCGAAGCUACCGGUCCCGAUGGAAAGAAGACUCAAAUUACAAUUCCCUAUGGCUUGCUGGUAUGGGCCACGGGUAACACUCUGCGCCCGAUAGUCAAGGACCUCUUGUCCCAGAUUCCCGCCCAAAAGGACUCGAGACGUGGUCUUGCCGUCAACGAGUACCUCGUGGUCCAGGGAGCGCGAGAUAUGUGGGCUGUCGGCGACUGUGCUGUCGCUGGAUACGCACCCACUGCCCAAGUCGCUUCUCAGGAAGGCGCUUUCCUUGCUAGACUAUUCAACAACAUGGCCAAGACCGAAGCCCUAGAGCAGAAAGUCCGCGAACUUAGCACGAGCCUAAACCUCAAGCCCGGCGACACGGCCGCCGUGACGAAAGAAAUAGAGUCCAUCGAGAAACAGCUGCGCCGCAUGAAGGACAUCAAACCUUUCCACUACUCGCACCAGGGCAGCUUGGCCUACAUCGGUAGCGAAAAGGCCGUCGCUGACGUCGCGUGGCUGAACGGCAACGUCGCUUCCGGCGGCAAGCUCACCUAUCUCUUCUGGCGAAGCGCUUACUUGAGCAUGUGCUUUAGCACGCGCAAUCGCGCCCUUGUCGCUCUCGAUUGGAUCAAAGCUAAGGUCUACGGACGUGAUGUCUCCCGAGAGUAAACGGAUCCAGUCGAUAAUACCUAACCUCAUUCCCGCCGCCGCUAUAUCUCCAUAACCCCCAACCCCCCACCCCCUGCUCGCCGUGUAUUAUUUGUCCCCUAGAGAGAGUCCCAGAAAGAAGAAGAAGAAGAAGUAAGAGAUGCCAGUCACGCAACGAUAUAUUACGAGGACGGGCAGGAUAGAACGGAUUCUGUCAUUUUGUUGGUUUUUGUUUUUUUCUUUCCUCGAAGGGGGGACAGGCAUAUGGAACACGGUACACGAUACGAUACAUCAUCAGGCUCGCGUAUAGAGAGCACCUUCUCUUUUUUUUUCUGUCUCUAUUUUUGGUACUCGUGAAAAAGUUAAAGCUCGUAGACUACUAGGGAUAGACUUGCGGUAGGCGAUGGAUGGGCUCGCAAGCCUAAAACGCUGCCGUUUGUAUAAAAGAAAGAAAUAAGUCGUCAUUAUUCUAAGACAGAUAUUCCAUGAACUUGGAUUGGUGUUUAUUAACUACCUCUUACCUAAGGUACCUCAUACACAUAUAACUUAUCUAGAGAGUUCAAGUAACAGGGUCCAAGUGGUAAGCUGCGAGUAGUCUAUAAAAUCUAUCGACAUUAUAUUUCAUUUUAA